GUUUCAUCAUCAUCAUCCAUUCAUUCAUAGUCGUCAUUAUUUUAAUUUACAAAUUUUUUUUUCAAUUUUCAAAAGUGUUGCUCAAUUCCUUUCCCCCCAUACCAGUUUUUUCUGUCAUUGUAAUUCCCAUCCUUUUUUUUGUUGUUGUUGUUGAUUGGUUAAUCGAUCAAUUUCGAUUGACGCCUAUUGUUAAAGAGUGGGUGUGUGUGUGUGUGUGUGUUUUCAUUUCGAUCGAACAUUGACCAAUUUUUUAAUGUUCGAUUUUUUUUCCGGAUAAAUCUCAAAAAAGCCCAGUUUCAGAAUCGAAUCAUCGAUAGGCAGAAAAAAAACGCCUAGAAAACAAAAAUUAUUCCAAAAUAAUAUCGAAACAUUCCGAAUCAAUUCAACAACGGUCUUUCAACGAUUAAUCAAAAAAAAAAAAAAAAAAAAAAUUUCUUUUUGUGUUUGUUUCACGUUCCACGUUUGUCAUCGAUAAUCCGUAGAAACUAUAUACCCAACAUUCGAUGUGAUUUAAUCUUAAAAACAAUAUAUAUGAUGAUCAUCAUCAUGAAGAAGAAGGAUAAUUGAAUUUCAAUUUGAUUCUACAAAUUAAAAAGAAAAGCCACACACACACACUAUUAUAAUAUCUUUAGUUGUGUUGGCACAGUGGCUACUCAAGUUACAAUUUUUUUUUUUUUUUUUUUUGGUUGAUAAUUGUAUUAUUAAUCAAAAUAAAUCAAUCAACAAAAUAACCAACGAUGGCUGAUUUAGGUAUCGAUGUCAAUAAAUUACCAACUGAAACAAGAACAAAAUUGGCUGAAUUAGAGCUUGAAUUAUCUGAAGGUGACAUUACACAAAAAGGUUAUGAAAAGAAACGUUUUCGAUUGUUGGCACCAUUUUUUAAUCAACAACAACAAGCUCAACAACAGCUACAACAACAACAACAAUCUGGAGCUGCUAGUCCAUCAACACGUGCCAAACGACGUGCACAUCGUCGUGUUACUCGCCAUGAAAGCCGUUAUCAUUCAGAAAUUCGACAAGAAGCUGUACAACAAGCUUUGGCCGCAAUGCAAAACAAACCAAAACCAUCUAUGCCAAUGCCAUCAAAACGUACAUCAGCCGUAAUGGCUACUGGUCAUCAUCAUCAUCAUCGGAAUUAUCCACAGAUGCAACAUUCACCGAAUCGACGUCGUCCAAUUGAUUCACGACGACAACCACCACCACCAAGGACCGAUUCAUCAACCGAUGAUGAUGAUAGUAUUCUGAAUGAAAGUAGUAGUACAGCAUCUGAAAGGGAAAAACGUGGCAUUGGCCGUCAUGGAUCAAAAUUUCGUGGACCAUCAUUUAUGGCCAUUGAUCAAUCAUUACCAAAUUCAUCAGAUACAUCAACACAUUCCUCACCUGCUCAUGAACGAUCUACAAGUCAUCAUCAUCAACAACAACAACGAUAUUCUCAUCAUCAACAACAACCAGCUUUACUGCCACGUGUAAUUGGUAUGCACGAACAUUCAUCAUCACCAUCGACAAGAAUCUGUAUUGGAACACCAGAUUCAUCAUCAAAACAUAGCCGAAAAUCACAUAUACAAUCACAGCCGUUACCACCACCGCCAACAAUGUUCAAAAAUCCAAGUCCAACUAAUAUUAUGGAACAGCAGCCAAAGCAACAACAACAACAACAAUCAUCAUCAUUGAAUCAGGCAUAUAGACCACAAUCACAUCAUCAUCCAAUAGGAUCAUCAUCAUCAGCUGGUGGUCAUCGUAUGAAUGGAUCACAAUCACAGCAAUCACAUCUGCAUUCAAUACCACCGGCACCGGCUGAAUAUGCUAAUGAUGAUGCAAGUAAUAACAAAGUGGAAAUACCACCCGAAAGACCAGAAAGGGUUAGCUCAAAAAUAUCUGAUGUAAAUCAUUUGGCUGAUAUUCUACAGAAUCUAUCGCCAAGUGGAACAUCAGCAAUUAAUCAGCUUCCUGGAUUAUUACCCGAUGUAACCAAUACAAAUUCAUCAUCAUUGAUGAUGAUGUUGAAUAAUAACAACCAAAUUGAUGAUAACCAAAGCUUCGAGGAUUAUGAAAUCGAUUCGGGCACUUGUACAACCAAAUGGAAAGUAUCGACAAAAAUUCAACAAUUAUUGAAUACAUUAAAACGGCCAAAACGACGUCCAUUACCUGAAUUUUAUGUUGACGAUGAAACGGAUCUAGAAAUAGCUGCCAAUCAAGUUGAUCCAUCGGCACCUAAACCAGAAGGAAAUACAAUGUUACCAUCAAUUGGAGAACAAUUAAUGGUACCUCCGGGUCUACCUCGUACACUUGAAGCAGCAUUGAAUCGUUAUGGUACAUCUACAAUGAAAGCACCGGCCAUUACUGUACUGGAUACGAAUGGAAAAAUAUCACCUCCAUUAACAUAUGGAAAAUUAUAUAGUAGAUCUCGUAAAAUUGCUUAUAAUCUCCUGAACAAAAUUGGACAAAAAGGUGAAUUGAACAUACGUACUGGUGAUCGUGUGGCAUUAGUGUUUCCGAAUAAUGAUCCAAUCGGAUUUAUAUGUGCCUUUUAUGGCUGUUUAACUGCCGGUGUUAUACCGGUCGCUAUUGAAGUACCAUUAAGUCGUCGUGAUGCCGGAUCACAACAAAUUGGUUUUCUAUUGGGUAGUUGUAAUGUAACAUAUGCAUUAACAUCGGAAGCUUGUUUCAAAGGUUUACCAAAAACAGCGACCGGUGAAAUACAUACGUUUAAAGGGUGGCCAAGAAUUUCAUGGCUAAUAACCGAUAAUCUUACGAAACCACCGAAAGAAUGGCAACCACCAACAAGAAUAUCAGAAGAAUCAUCUGCUUAUAUUGAAUAUACAUCAGAUAAAGAUGGUGCCGUUAAAGGUGUCUGUAUAUCACGUAAUGCAAUGAUUUCACAUUGUCGUGCAUUGACCGGUGCUUGUGGAUAUUCCGAAGGUGAAGUUAUGGUGUGUGUUCUUGAUUUUAAACGUGAAGUUGGCUUAUGGCAUGCCGUACAAGCUAGUAUAUUGAAUGGAAUGCAUGUCAUAUUCAUUCCAUAUGCAUUGAUGAAAAUCAAUCCAGCUAUGUGGAUGUUAAUGAUCACGAAAUUUAAGGCAUCACUUGCUAUUUGUAAAUCGCGUGAUCUGCAUUGGGGUCUAUUGGCUAGUAAAGAUCAUAAAGAUAUUAAUCUUAGCUCAUUACGAAUGCUAUUGGUUGCCGAUGGUGCCAAUCCAUGGUCGUUAUCAUCAUGUGAUCAAUUUUUUUCCGUAUUCCAUAGCCGUGGAUUACGAGUUGAAGCAAUGUGUCCAUGUGCUACAUCACCCGAAGCAAUGACAAUCUCGAUUCGAAGACCUGGCCGUACUGGUGUUGGUGCUACCGGUCGUGGUGUAUUAUCAAUGUCGGCAUUAAGCUAUGGUGUUAUUCGUGUUGAUAAUGAAAAUUCAUUAACAUCAUUAACAUUACAAGAUUGUGGCCAUGUAUUGCCUGGAACUAUUGCAGCCGUUGUCAAAAUGAAUGGACUUCCACAUUUAUGUAAAACAGAUGAAGUAGGUGAAAUAUGUCUAAGUACAACAUCGGCCGGUAGUUGUUAUCUGGGAUUACAAGGCUUAACAAAUAGUAUAUUCAAAAUGCAACCAUUCAAUUCGGAUGGUCGUCCAUUUAGUGAACAAACAUUUGUUCGUACUGGUCUACUUGGAUUUAUGGGUCCAGGUGCAUUGGUAUUUGUUUGUGGUACACGUGAUGGUGUAAUGCAAGUUAGUGGACGAAAACAUAAUACUGAUGAUCUCAUUGCCACUGUAUUGGCUGUUGAACCAAUGAAAUUUGUCUAUCGUGGUCGUAUUGCAAUAUUUUCAAUCAAAGUUCUACGUGAUGAACGUAUUUGUGUUGUUGCCGAACAACGUCCCGAUUGUACGGAAGAUGAAAGUUUUCAAUGGAUGAGUCGUGUAAUACAAGCUGUGGAUAGUAUACAUCAAGUUGGAAUUUUUUGUCUAGCAUUAGUGCCACCGAAUUGUCUUCCAAAAACUCCUUUAGGUGGUAUACACUUGUCUGAAGUUAAACGAAAAUUUAUCGAAGGUAGCCUACAUCCAGUCAAUGUAUUAAUGUGUCCACAUACAUGUGUGACGAAUCUACCGAAACCACGUGAAGUACAUAGUGAAAUUGGACCAGCAUCAGUUAUGGUUGGCAAUAUUGUUCAAGGUGUACGAUUAGCCGUAGCACAAGGUCGUGAUAUAAUGGAUGAUGGUGAUAAUAGUAAUGAUCUAAGGAAACAGAAUUUUAUAACCGAAGUUUUAAAAUCACGUUCAAUGACUACACCAGAUCAUGUGUUAUUUACAUUGUUAAAUUCAAAAAAUAUGGAAGUAGCAACAUUAUCCUGUUCACAAUUAUAUAAAAGAGCAGAACGUAUUGCUUGUUUAUUGAUGGAACGUGGUAAACCAAAUACAGGUGAUCAUGUUGCUCUCAUAUAUUCACCGGGGAUCGAUCUGAUAUGUGCAUUCUAUGGCUGUUUAUUGGUCGGCGUUGUUCCUGUUACUAUACGACCACCACAUCCACAAAAUCUUCAGACCACAUUGCCAACUGUUCGAAUGAUAGCGAAUGUAUCAAAAUCUUCAUUAAUAUUAUCAACGGGACCAGUUAUAAAAUUGCUGAAAUCAAAAGAAGCAAAUAAUGUUGUUGAAAUCAAAUCCUGGCCACCAACAUUGGAUACAGAUGAUCUCCCUAAACGAAAAUUGAAUCAACCAUAUAAGGCGCCGACACCGGAAAUGAUUGCAUAUUUGGAUUUUAGUGUCAGUACUACCGGAAUGUUGGCCGGUAUUAAAAUUUCACAUGCUGGUCUUACAUCAUUGUGUCGAAGUAUGAAAAUUGCCUGCGAAUUAUAUGCAUCACGUCAUAUUGCCCUUUGUUUGGAUCCUUAUUGUGGUCUUGGUUUCGUUCUAUGGUGUAUUAGCAGUGUUUACUCAGGUCAUCAUACAAUCUUAAUACCACCAUCCGAAGUCGAAUUGAAUCCAGCCGUUUGGUUAACGGCUGUUAGCCAAUUUAAAGUUCGAGAUACAUUCUGUUCAUAUGGUGUUAUGGAAUUAUGUACCAAAGGUCUUGGAUCUUCGAUUCAACAACUCAAACAACGUGGAAUCAAUCUAAGCUGUGUACGAACAUGCGUUAUUGUUGCCGAAGAACGACCUCGUGUUAGCCUCACUUCAUCAUUUACAAAAUUAUUUCAUAGUCUUGGCCUUUCAGGUCGAUCUGUAUCGACAUCAUUUGGAUGUCGUGCCAAUAUUGCCCUCUGUUUACAAGGUGCAUCAUCGCCCGAUCCAACCACUGUUUAUGUUGAUACUCGAGCUUUACGUAAUGAUCGUGUUACAUUAGUUGAACGUGGUGCACCACAUAGUGUAUGUCUAAUGGAAUCGGGUAAAUUAUUACCUGGUGUUAAAGUGAUUAUUGCCAAUCCUGAUACAAAAGGACAUUGUGGUGAUUCGAAUCUUGGAGAGAUUUGGAUACAAUCACCGCAUAAUUCGAGUGGAUUUUUUGCCGUUUUCGGUGAUGAAAUGAUGCACAAUGAACAUUUUAAUGCACGAUUGAGUACUGGUGAUACCUCACAAACGUAUGCACGUACUGGUUAUCUAGGAUUUUUACGACGAACAGAAUCGGUACAAGCCGAUGGAGAAUUACAUGAUGCCGUUUUUGUCGUUGGAUCAUUGGAUGAGACUAUUACAUUACGCGGACUCCGUUAUCAUCCGAUCGAUAUUGAAAAUAGUGUAAUGCGAUCACAUAAGAAAAUUUCUGAAUGUGCCGUAUUUACAUGGUCAAAUUUACUAGUCGUUGUAGUCGAAUUAGAUGGUAACGAAAAUGAAGCCUUAGAUUUGGUACCAAUGGUCACGAAUGUUAUAUUGGAAGAACAUCAUCUAAUCGUAGGAGUUGUAGUAGUUGUCGAUCCAGGUGUUGUGCCAAUUAAUUCUCGUGGUGAAAAACAACGAAUGCAUCUAAGAGAUGGAUUCUUAGCCGAUCAAUUGGAUCCAAUAUAUGUUGCAUAUAAUAUGUGAUGAUCAUGAUCAACACAAAUACACACCGCGGACAGACAUUCCUAAUAUUUUUACGAUCAUAAAAUCGAUUGACAUCAAAUCUUUAAACUUUCAUCAUUUUUUUCCACUACAAACUCAAUAAUGACAAAAUUAGUUGAAUUUUAUUAAAUUUUCUUUCGAAAU